AUGACACAUGCCAGAACAGGUGCUGUUGUUUCCAAUGAGGAAAUAUUGGGAUUUGCAAAGUUAUUCAAUGAUGAACUUACACUUGAUAAUAUCAGCAGGCCUCGUUUAGUGAAUAUGUGCAAGUAUAUGGGAAUCCAACCCUAUGGGACAGAUGCUUACUUGCGAUACAUGCUUCGCAAAAGAUUUAGAUGGAUAAAGAGUGAUGAUAAGAUGAUUGAAGCAAAAGGUGGUGUUGAUGUUCUCACUGAUGAUGAGGUUCGUGAAGAUUGUAGAGAGAGAGAGAGAGGCAUGGUUGGAUUACACACUGUGGAGAAAAUGCGUCACAAGACCUACACAAUAUGGGAGUUAUCUAGUGAUCAACAAGGAUUGACACCUUGUGUGUUUGGAAGUCUAUUUUUUCGCAUGAAUGAGGAACAAAAUAAACAUGCUGGCAAGCAACUCAUGUAUCAAUGCCGCUGUUCUUUUCUUGAGAUCUAUAAUGAACAAAUUACUGAUUUGUUGGAUCCAGCUCAAAGAAAUCUUCAAAUAAGAGAAGAUACUAAAACAGGUGUAUAUGUUGAAAAUUUAACAGAGGAGUCUGUUAGCAGUAUAAAAGAUGUGACAAAACUUCUAAAAAAGGUUUGGAUACUUGACUCUUGUUUAAUGAAAGAUUCUUCAGCACUGUUCGACUUGAAUGUUCCUUUUGUCUGUGCAAUCAACCAGCGGCACAAAGUGGGUGUGGAAAGUAUGGGAGUUGGAGCUUUAAAGCUUACAGGAUACCUUAGGGAACAAAUGCAGCAGAGAAAUCUUAAUUUUUCCUCAUUAUACACAGUGCGCACGUUGAAAGAGAAGCUUUGUUAUGUUGCUAUUGACUAUGAAUGUGAAUUACGAAAAGACACAGAGGCAUCAUAUGAAGUUCAUGUUGAGGGUUUGUUUACUCUUAAGCAAGAAAAAUUUCGUACAGGAGAGAUUUUAUUCCAGCCACGCAUUGCAGGACUGAGGACUGCAAGUGGUUUGCAUCAAGCAGUGGCAAUUUUCCUUGAACAUUGCCAUGCUGCAGGAUUAACCCCUGAUGAAACUUGGUUCAAGACCAUUGUCUUGGCUGGAGGCACUGCAUGUUUACCUGGAGGAGUAGGUUGGUGUCAAAAAGCUUGCAUAUGUUCACUUUUCCCUCAUUUGACCAUUCACAUUUGGCACAAGUUACAAGAAUUAUCGGAGCAGGGGUUCAUUAAUCUUAAAGAAUUAUGA